UUCAACAUGCUGGACACCACAGAGGUAGGCCUGCUUAAAAGUGUGGAGCAGCUGCUGUCUGAGAUCUUCAUACCCAGCCUGAAGAAGAUGGACCAUGGCUGGGGAGAGCUGGCCAGCCCACAGGCCCAGUCAGUUAAACAGAACUUCCUCAGCUCACUGGACAGCUUUGUGUCUGUGCUGGCCGGGGCGCAGGAGAGCCUGCAGGAGAAGGUGAAUCUAAAAGUGUGUGACGAAUUUGACCUGAAGACACUGAAAGGCCCGUCUGACUACAUUGCUGUGGCUAACAGCGCAGAGGCAACAGAGAAGAUAGAGGCCUGUAUGAAAGUGUGGAUCAAACAGAUUGAACAGGUGCUGGCGGAGAGUGACCAGCUGAGGAAGGAGGCAGAUGACCUGGGGCCGCGGGCCGAGCUGGACCACUGGAAGAAACGCAUGUCCCGCUUCAACUACCUCCUGGACCAGCUGAAGAGCCCCGAUGUCAAAUCUGUCCUGGGCGUUCUCAUGAUGGCCAAGUCAAAACUCAUCAAGUCCUGGCGAGAGCUGGACACCAGGAUCACUGACUCAGCCAACGAGGCCAAAGACAAUGUGAAGUACCUCUACACUCUGGAGAAGUUCUGUGACCCGCUCUACAACAGUGACCCUGUGUCGAUGGUAGAGGCCAUUCCAGGCCUGAUCAACGCCAUCCGGAUGAUCCACAGGAUUUCCCGCUACUACAACACCUCAGAGAAGAUCACCUCCCUGUUUGUCAAGGUUACCAACCAGAUGAUUACAGCAUGCAAGACUUACAUCACCAACAACGGGUCUGCGUCCAUAUGGGACCAGCCUCAGGGUGUUGUAGCUGAGAAACUGCAAGCUGCUAUCCACCUAAACCAGGAGUACCAGAAGUGCUUCCACAAGACCAAGAAGAAGCUGGAGCAGAGUCCCUCCGAGAGGCAGUUUGAUUUCAGUGAGAUGUACAUCUUUGGGAAGUUUGAGACGUUCCAACGACGCCUUUAUAAGAUCCUCAACAUGUUCAGCACCAUCACUACCUACUCAGCCCUACAGGACUCCAAGAUAGAAGGCCUGGAAACUAUGGCAACCACGUUUCAGAGCAUUGUAUUGAGCAUAAAGAAAAAGCAAUACAGUUUCCUUGAUCAGAGAAGAACAGACUUUGAUCAGGACUAUGAUGAGUUUUGUAAAAAUACCGCUGCCUUGCAUAAUCAGCUGAAGACCUUCAUGGAUAACACAUUCGAUAACAUUCAAAACACAGAGAGGGCUUUGAAUGUACUGAAGAAAUGUGAAAGACUGGGCAUCCCAGACCUGGGCAUCGAUGAGAAGUACCAGCAGAUCCUUCAGAACUAUGGGAGAGACAUAGAGAUGGUGUCCCGUAACUACACCAAGCAGAAGAUGGAUCCCCCCAUUGGACGGGACCUGCCCCCGGUAGCCGGUAAGAUCCUGUGGGCCCGCCAGCUGUACCGGAGGAUCCAGGAACCCAUGGAUCUGUUUCAGGAAUCACCUGGGGUGCUGGCUACGCCCGAGGCCAAACGCAUCAUCAGGAACUACAACAGGGUGGCCAGGGUGCUGCUGGAGUUUGAGAUGCUCUACCACAGUGGAUGGAUGAAGCAGAUCGAGGAGGUCAGACUGGGCCUCCAGGCCUCUUUGCUGGUCAAAUGUCCCGAUACGGGGGACCUGUUUGUCAACUUUGACCCCCAGAUCCUGACUCAGAUUAGGGAGACAGACUGCAUGACCAGGAUGAGGCUGGAGAUUCCUCCCUUUGCAGCCAUCUUACAGCAGAAACAAGAUGCCCUCAAGAAGAACUACAACAAGCUGCAGCUGGUUCUGACGGAGAACGCCAGGGUCCGGGCUAAGAUCCAGAGUGCCUUUGGGCAACUGGUGAUGCCUCAUGUUGCUAAGGUAGACGAAGCUAUUCUGCCAGGCCUGACCUCCCUCAACUGGACCUCACUGAACAUCGAGAAAUACCUCAGCCGCAUCAACAGUGCUCUCAGUAUGUAACCAUGUCCAAUCUAACCUUGUCAGCACCGUACUGUGCU